AUGUUCUCACGCUCGUUCCAGGCCAUCUUCCUGGCCCUCAAUAUUUUUCUCAGCGUUGGAAACCAAGCAUACUCCAUGGAAUCCGAAACAGACGAAACAGGCAACCGCUGGGUGUUCAACGUCUACGCAGACGGCUACAAAAAGGCCGACGCCGGCGGCCGAACCGAGGCGACCGACACCCUCAUGGUGAACAAGCAGUCGAAGCGCCUGACCGUCGUCAAGGCCAUGAACGGGCUCGACACGACCGAGCCGCGCCUCAAGAUGCGGCAGGUCCUCAAGGAGUGCUGGACCAAGACGGGCCUCGCGCCGUCGGACCUGAAGGAGGUGCUGGGCUACAACGUCGAGAACGCCAACAUGCAGCAGGCGACCGCGGACUGCCGUGCCGGGAUGGGUCUGAAGGCUACUGAUUCUUUCACGGUGUCUGGUGCGGAGACGCUGGCGGCAAAGAAGGCUUGCUGGGACACGCUUGGGAGCACGACCUUUUCCUCAUCUAUCCGAGGGUCUAUCGCGGAUUUCGACAUCAACAAGGAGCUGAUUAGCAUUAAUGUUCAGAGCGGAGGGGGGAUCGAUCAUGUCUAUUAUAAGUUUUCAUGA